UCCCGGCGGGGCGGGGCGGGUGGCGGCGGCUGCCCGCGGCCAAGAUGGCUGCGCUGGCAACGGCCGUAGCGGCGGCGGCCGGCCGGCGGGAGCAGAAUGAAAGCUGUUUCAGUACUGCAGGUUCUGGUCAACAGUGUCAGAAUUGGAAGAUGAAAGCAGAACAAACUAAGAAAGCAGAAUUCAUAAGAACAGCAGAAAAGUUAAGAACUCAGCUUGCAAAUAUUGAAAAGGACAAAAAUGGACAUCUUUACAAUAGGAAGAGUGAUUCCAGGGUAGAAUACAGCAUGCUAGAAGAACUGGAACAUAAAAUGACUGUCAACAGGAAAACUGAAAAAACUAAAAUCCUGCAGCAGCUAUCAAAAAUACGUAAUAAAGUGAAGAAACUUAAGCAACAAUUGAAAGAUGUGAAGCAUACAUUAGAAUUUGUUGACAAGCUCAAGGAAAUGAUGGAAGAAAUUGAAAAUGCAAUCAAUGCUUUUAAAGAAGAACAGAGGCAAACAUAUGAACAGCUUUUGAAGGAUGAAAAAACUGCCGUUAAUGAGCUCAGUGUCUUUGAGAAAAAAGUGGAACUGUGGGUGUUAAGCAGCAGCUCAACGAAAGAAAAAGUUUUGAAGUUGCCAUCAGCUAGGAUCUCAGUUGAUAAAACACUGGAAAAUCAUCUACCUGAAGUAGCAGAGUUUGAAAGAUUUCUGCAGCGAACGGGGGGGAGGCAAGGAGGCUGGGAUGAUUAUGAUCAUCAAAAUUUUCUGAAAGUGUGGACAAAGCACAAAGGAAGGCUGUCCUACAUGGAUGAAGCCGUUGAGUAUCUCUGUGGAAGGACAAAAGAAGAAGUUGAACAACAUGACAAAUGGUAUCGAGAAUAUCUAAUUUUACAGGAAAGAAAAAAAGAGUCAAUUAAGAAAUGGAAGGAAAAGCAGCAGCAAGAGAGAGAAGGAAAUUUGAAGAAGAAAGAGAAAUCAGAAAGAAUGCUCAAGAAAGAAUGGCUUCAGCAUGAAGAAGCUCAGAAACAAAAAGCAGAGGAAGAAAGAAAAAGACAACAAGCUGCAAUUGAAGCAUGGAAAAAACAGAAAGCAAUAGCAUUUGCAAUGGAACAAGCAUCACAACUAAAAGUAGAAGAAGAGAAGGAGAAAAAGCAACUAAAAGAACGCCAGCGCCAAUGCCACGUGAAGUUACUGUUGGAAAGGUAUACCUUGCAGAAGAAAGAAAAGGAGGAACUUGAAAAGCUUGAAAAGGAGAAGAGAGAUGAAGCUGAAAAGGAGGAGAGGAAGAGAAUUGCUGCAGUAGAAAUUACUAAAUUUCAAGAGAGAGAUCUACAUAAACUUCAGCUAAAGAUUCAACAAAAACAAGUUAAAGAAGCCGAGAAACAAGAAAAAGAACAAAGACUGGCGAAAUUAAGACAGAAGGUCCACAUCCGUGCGGCCCGGGACCCGUCCCGCCUGCGCCGGCCGACGCGGGGCUGGGAGGAGCGCAUGAAGGAAGCCGGCCCCGCAGCGCCGCCGCCUCUCCGCCUUCCCCGGAGGGCCGUGCCCGCCUGGCGGCGGGGGCUGUAGCGCGGCGGCGCCGCACCGGGCGCGCCACCAGCGGGCGCGCCGGCGCCACCGAGGCCACGCCCCCCCGGCCACGCCCUGUGACGCGUUCGUCGCGCGCCAGCGGCGGCAG